GUCCGGUGGCGCUCCAAGCCAGGGGAGGAUGUGGGACCGCCGGCUGCUCUGGGCCGCCGCCGUUGCCUGCCUGCUCUGGGCCGGGGCGCGGGCUCAAUACGAGCGCUACAGCUUCAGGAGCUACCCGCGGGACGAGCUGAUGCCCUUGGAGUCCGCCUACCGCUACGGCCUGGACCAGUACAGCAACGAGAACUGGCCCGAGAGCGUCAACUACCUGGAGGUGAGCCUGAGGCUCCACCGCCUCCUGCGGGACAGCGAGGCCUUCUGCCACAUCAACUGCAGCACCGUCCGCAUGGAGGAGGAGGAGGAGGAGGAGGAGGAGGAGGGAGGGGCGGCAGCGGGGGUCGGCGCCGGCGACUCGCAGGGGCAUCUGCCGCCCGGCCGCUUCCAGGGCUUCCCGGAGCUGCGCUACUUCGGGGACCUGCUGCGCAGAGCGCAGUGCCUCAAGCGCUGCAAGCAAGGGCUGCCGGCUUUCCGCCAGUCCCAGCCCAGUCGGGAGGUGCUCGAGGAAUUCCAGCGCCGCGAGCCCUACAAGUUCCUGCAGUACGCCUACUUCAAGGCAAAUAACUUUCCGAAAGCAAUUGCAGCAGCGCACACGUUUCUUCUGAAGCAUCCUGACGAUGAGAUGAUGAAAAGGAACAUGGCAUAUUACAAAAGCAUGCCUGAUGCUGAGGAUUAUAUUAAAGACCUAGAAUCAAAAUCAUACGAGACUCUCUUUAUCAGGGCAGUGAGGGCAUACAAUGGAGAAAACUGGAGGACUUCUAUUACAGAUAUGGAGCUGGCACUUCCGGAGUUCUUCAAAGCCUACGAUGACUGCUUAGCUGCCUGUGAGGUCUCACGGGAGAUCACAGAUUUUAAAGAGUUCUAUCUGUCCAUAGCAGAUCAUUAUAUCCAAGUUCUAGAAUGUAAACUGAAGUGUGAAACUGAUCUGACACCCGUCAUAGGAGGCUACAUGGUAGAGAAAUUUGUGGCAACCAUGUACCACUACUUACAGUUUGCCUAUUACAAGUUGAACGAUUUGAAGAACGCAGCUCCAUGUGUCACUAGUUACAUGCUCUUUGAUCAGAAAGAUGAAGUGAUGAAACAGAAUCUAGUCUACUACCAGUAUCAUAAAGACAAAUGGGGACUGACAGAUGAAGACUUCCAGCCUAGACCUGAAGCAGUUCAGUAUCACAACAUAACAACGCUCCAAAAGGAGAUGUAUGAAUUUGCUAAAGAGUAUGUGAUGGAUGAUGAUGAGGGUGAAGUAGUAGAAUACCUUGAUGAACUUCUGGAAUUAGACAGCGGAACGGAGUGAUUCUUAACAGACUUUAAAAAAAAUAAGUUUUUGAAGAAGUGAAUUACACCAUUGCUCCUUCACAUUCCCAGUCAGCACUUGAAGGUCAGGUGUUAGAAAUACCUCAGAUCUUUAUGACGCUUGCUUGUACGUCAUCUGGACCAUCCUGCAAGUUCUUCACUGUACCACAUCAAGCAGUUUCUUUUUUCAUAACCUGUUUCACUUGGAGCCUUCUUGUUCUUUACAGCAGUAUUUUUGAAUACCCUCUUGGAAUUUUUGAACACACCAAGCUUCAUUCCAUUCAUUCAGCUCAGCAAAUGUGCCAUGGCUUAAGUCAAGCCCAAAUGUUUGCUCCUUCGUUUCCCAAUAGAAUAUAAUCAGAGAAAAGAGGUAGACAGACAGACACUUCCUGUACGUUUUCUUAACCGUGCAGUGCUGUCUUAUGUGUUGCAAAUUGAUUUAUUCUGACAAAUUCAUUAUUUAACACAAUCCCCAGGAGUCCUUGGAGAAAAGCGGCAUGCAAAUGUUUUAAUAAGUUGAGUCUUAAUGCUGCAACGACUUAUUCAGGAGAAUUGAGUUCACUUUGACAUCCCUGGAGAAAACCAUUUGGCCGUAACACAUCUCUGAAGGACGCCAGCUUCAUUUUAACACCCUUAACUAAGGCCUCAGUUGUGUCUCCUAUCUUCAGACCAAUUAUAAGGUACUCUGCAGGGGAGUGGGGAUAAGUGGUAUCCAAAUAGGGGGAAUCAUCCUGCUAGUCCUGCAACCAGUUAUUUACCUGCAUGACUGGUUUUCAUCUAAUUUUUUUCUAUGUAUUUCAGCAGCAAUUCUUGCUGCAAAAAAAGAAAGAAAAGGGAACCAGCUACAGUUAAGAGACGAGGACAAGCAAGACUUCCCGGGUAUGAGCGUUCGAGAGUCAGAGCUGUAUCAGAUAUAUGACGAAGAGAACUUUGGCUCUCGAAAACUCAUACCCAGGAAGUCUUGUUGGUCUCUAAGGUGCUGCUGGACUCGAAUCCGGCAGUUUUGCUGCAGACCCAACACGGCUCCCCUCUGGAACGAUCUUCAGGACAAGCACGUGAUUUCUCGAGGAGCUAACCAGCCACGGUUUCCUGCAGAAACAGCCAAAUUUGACUGACCCCCUUGUGCCUUAAGUGCUUCAGCAUAGAACAAAUGUUCAGACUUAUGUUUUUAAUUGUUACGAUAAAAACACUUAUUUAUUGCAAUCCCGUUUGUGAAUUUACUUUGUUUGUAUUAAACGCACAGGCAGCUUUUACGAGAUCGGCUUCUGUUUCACACUAGGGUUGCCAAUGAUUUUAUCAGUCCCUGCUGGUCUUCAACAGGAGCUUGAUUUGCAGAUGUUAGCAGGUAGCCAUGCUUAUCUCCAUGGUGCAAACUGGUUUGCUUUCUGAUCUGCAUUGGCCAAUUUACUGUCACAAGCACAAGAGCAGGCCAAAUCAGUUUCUCUCUGGUCAGCUGACAGCCCAGUUUCAGAGUAGCUACACACCUCAUUCUCCUAGUAUUGGUGAAGCACUACCCUAUUACGAUAUGAUGCUGUCCCCAGACUUUAAAAUGGGUAUACCUUCAUGGGCAGAGGUCUACUUUUAUAUUUGUAGGGCCUAAAUUAACACUACACGUGCCUUUUUAAAAGAGAAUGUGAUCAGAUCCAUUUUCACUAGCGGAAGGCUUUGUAACUGGUCCUUCCUUACUAAUAAAUCAGAGCCUGGGAGUUGCCAGCUGUUUCA